AUGUGGCCACAAAGCAUACCAAAAGAAAAGGAUGGUCAGGCUGCUUGUCAACUGCUUUUCCGCAAGAGAAAAGAGGCUCCUAGACGAAGUGCAUAUACAUUAACAGCGUUCCAGCCUAAUGGGGCAUCCUCCUUCUCUCGAAACGACAGAUCCCGAAAGUGCCAGUUUCUCCUGACCCAAGGGGAGUUAGUUUCGAACUAUAAUCGAGAAAGACGUACGAGUGGGAGGAGGAGUCCCAAAGCGCGUAGAUUGAUCUCAUUUGGAAGCCAGGAGUGGAACUUGAGGCGGCAGCUCAGAAGGUCAGGUCAGAAGUCGAUUCCCUUUCUGGGGCAAAUAAUAGGCCCGGAGCUAAUUUGA